AUGCGGUCCAAAUUCGGUUUUGGGUCUCGUGACGUCGAGAAGGCGCCCCAAGUCGACAACUCCUACGAAACUCACAGCAAUGAGACCAGUGACAACGUCAACGUCAACGACCACUACCAGGACAAUGUUAGCGAUGGCGCAGUCCCCGGCGAGAGCUUCGAGUAUGGUAACUCGAUGUACGCCAAGCUCCAGCGCAUUGCUGGAAAGCUCAAUGUCGAGCAACGUGGUAUUGAGCGUGUGCCUGACAACGAGCGCACAGAUACCUCAUAUUUCAACGUUGGCAGUAUGUGGCUAGCGGCAGACAUGGUCUCUAGUUCCUUCGCCAUUGGUGUCCUCGGAAAAUCCCUCUUCCAAUUGGGAACGAUCGAUGCCUUCCUGGUCUGCCUGUUCUUCAAUUUGCUGGGUGUCUUGACCGUCUGCUUCUUCUCGUGCUUCGGUCCUCCCUUUGGUCUGCGACAGAUGGUUUUGUCGCGUUUCUGGUUCGGCUGGUACCCUGUGAAAAUCAUUGCCAUCCUCAACGUCAUUGCCUGUAUCGGCUGGUCCGCCGCCAACGCCAUUGUUGGUGCCCAGCUUCUCAACGCUGUCAAUAGCUCCGUCCCCGGUUUCGCUGGUAUCCUCAUCAUCACCUUUUGCACCCUUUUCGUUACUUUCGCCGGAUACAAGGUCGUCCAUGUCUACGAGAAAUGGAGCUGGAUUCCUACUUUUAUCGUCUUCAUGAUUGUCCUGGGUGUCUUUGCCCACUCGGGUGAUUUCCAGAACAUCCCCAUGCAGACUGGUACCUCGGAAAUGGGAGCUUGUCUUUCCUUCGGUUCUACUGUCUACGGCUUCGCCACCGGUUGGACAAGCUACGCCGCCGACUAUACCGUCUACCAACCGGCCGAUCGCAGCCGCAAGAAGGUCUUCUUCGCAACCUGGCUGGGUCUGAUUGUUCCUCUCCUCCUGACCGAAUUCCUCGGUAUUGCUGUCUACUCUGCCACUGCCAUUAAUGGCGGAGACAACAAGUACACAGACGGCUACGCCACCUCUGGCAACGGCGGUCUCAUCGGAGCUGUUCUUGACCCGCUCGGCGGAUUCGGCAAGUUCUGUCUGGUCAUCCUGGCCCUGUCCAUCAUCGCCAACAACUGCCCCAACAUCUACUCUGUCUCCCUGACCCUGCAAGUCCUGCACCGCUACACCCAGCGCGUGCCCCGCUUCGUCUGGACCUUCUUGGCCUCGUGCGUUUCCCUCGCCAUUGCCAUCCCCGGCUACUCACACUUCGAGACCGUUCUGGAGAACUUUAUGAACCUUAUCGCCUACUGGCUGGCUAUUUACUCCGGCAUCACCAUUUCGGACCAUUUUAUCUUCAAGCGUGGCUUCGGUGGCUACCAUGCAGAGAACUACGACAAGCCCGAUAAGCUGCCCCAUGGAAUUGCUGCCAGUAUUGCGUUCUGCUUUGGCAUUGCUGGUGUGGUCACUGGUAUGAGUCAGUCCUGGUGGAUCGGUCCUAUUGCCAAGCAUGCUGGUGCGUCUCCUUCUUAUGGUGAUGUUGGCUUUGAGUUAGGCUUUGCCUUCUCUUUCGUGGUCUAUUGUGCUUUGCGACCGCUGGAGUUACAUUACUUCGGUCGCUGA